AUAUCGAGGCAGCACAUUUGAUUGUGCAAAUAAAUUAAAUAGCGAAGAAGUCAACAAUUGUAGAACCGGGGGUGGCGAAUUAAAUUUUGCAAACGGGAACAUAGAAAUACGCUGAGGGUGACAAAUUAAAUUUUGACAACAACAUCAGGCGUAAUAUCGGCAUAUACAUUAAAAGCGCAUACGCCAAAAACAAGUAAUCCAUCGAGAUGGAAAUCCGUCCAUUCUUGUGCGAAAGUAUUGACAAGGCACUCAUAAGGUCAGAAUGGGAAAAGUGGUUCCGAUCAUUUUCCCUAUAUCUUCAAGCCGAAGAUAUAAGUGAUGCAGUAAAGAUGAAAAAUAAAUUGUUGCACUUGGGCGGCCCACAGCUGCAAGAAGUAGCAUUCAAUAUUCCCGGUGCUUUAGUCGAACAGAGCGAAGGCGUAAAGCCUUUUGACGUAUUAGUAGCCAAACUCAAUGAGUACUUCUCGCCGAAACGAAACUCCACUUUCGAGAGACAUCUAUUCAGAAAUUUAUCACCUAUCGAGGGUGAAAACUUUAACAAAUAUUUGUUACGUCUCCGACAUCAAGUGUCAAAGUGCGAGUUUGGCAACACGACAGAGGAAAUAAAUGAAAUUUGCAUUAAAGACAAAAUCAUAGACUCAUGGGCCCCAGUCGAGCUAAAGAAAAAACUAUUAGAGAAAGAGCAAAGUUUAAGUGAGAUAGUGGACACCUGCCAAAUCUAUGAGCAGAUUGCUAAACAAUCCGUGUCAAUGUUUCCCAAAUCGGCAGAGGAGGCAGUAAAUCGAGUUUAUCGCACAGCGCGAAACAUGAAAAUGAUGAGUGUGGAAGAUGUGGCAAAAAGGGGCAUCGUAGUAACGACUCGAAAUGCCCGGCGAAGUUAG